ACCUGAACAGGGAUUCGGGGAGAGGUCAACGGAUUCCAGCCCGUUGACAGCCAGCCCGCUUCGGGAUCCCCGUUCCGGAGGCAAGUUCGCCUCCCGCUUCAGAGCGCUCCCCUCGUCCCGGUACCCCAGCCCCGGAAUCCAGCUCCGCCCGUCGCACAGGGAAACAUUGGCGGCCCCGCGCCGGGUAGCCGAGCCGGCCCCGCGCGCUUAGCAACCCUAGCGCUCCGGCGAGGAGAAAUAAUUAAAAAGAAAAAGUUUUCCAGCCCAGGCGGUCAGACCGGACAAGUCCGCCAGGCUCCCUGGCCGCGGCCGCCUCCCCUUCCCUCUGCUCCCCGCGGGGUCCUAGUGCCCGGCGCCGCGGAGCCCAUGAAACCCCGAAGUACUGCCAGAGGCAGAGCAGGGAGAGGUACCACACGGGAUCGGCGGGGUCGCCGGGUGAUCAGCGAUAAAGACGCUCAGUCACCUCGCUCCGGGUCUCUCCACACGGUGGUGUGCCCUGGGCCGUAUCUUCAAAACUGUUCUCUGCCUCCCACCCCCACCCCGGCUCCUUCUCCACGUCGCCGCCUUCCAGAAACCCCGAUCCCGGACAAGACUGGUUCUAGCUUUUAAAGCGAGCCGGCGCCACAGUAGCUCGGAGACCAAGACUGCACGCCACCAACCCCCUGCGCGGCGGCGGGGUGCUGCUGGAAGGCCGGCCUUUGGCUGGAAGUGGGUGUCUUGGGGAGGCUAAAGAAGGGGGGCCCGCCACCGACCACGUGUGCGUGGGGGCGACAACUCGGCCGAGGAUGGGGCCCCGCGUGCGGGUCACGGUUCUGCUCGCGGCUCAGGGGCCAGUGGGCGUUGCGGCGCGGCCUCUCCCGCCAGCGCAGGGCUCCAGCCCCACUCGCCGGCUCCUCCUGAAGGCCGGCCCUAAGACCCAGGAGGCGCCACUCGCCGUCGCCGAUAGUCGGACACUAGAGGGCAACAGCGGCUCCGAUAUAAAUGCGGGGCCCGCGCGGGCCUGGCCAUUCGCGACCCGGAGCUGCGCGGGCGCAAGCAAGUAGGGGCUCCCGGUGGGCUGCGGCAGCAUUGGUGCCCCGCGCCGCCUGGAGGCCGCCGAGGCUCGCCAUGCCGGGAGGACUCUAGCUCCCCCAUGGAGUCGGCCGACUUCUACGAGGCGGAGCCGCGGACCCCGAUGAGCAGCCACCUUCAGAGCCCCCAGCACGCGCCCAGCAGCGCCGCCUUCGGCUUUCUCCGGGGCGCGGGCCCCGCGCAGCCCCCCGCCCCACCUGCCGCCCAGGAGCCGCUGGGCGGCAUCUGCGAACACGAGACGUCCAUCGACAUCAGCGCCUACAUCGACCCGGCCGCCUUCAACGACGAGUUCCUGGCCGACCUGUUCCAGCACAGCCGGCAGCAGGAGAAGGCCAAGGCGGCCGCGGCCCCGGUGGGAGGCGGCGGCAGCGACUUUGACUACCCGGGCGCCCUGGUGGGACCCGGAGGCGCUGUUAUGCCCGGGGGGACGCACGGCCCCCCUCCCAGCUACGGCUGCUCGGCCGCCGGCUACCUGGACGGCAGGCUGGAGCCCCUGUACGAGCGCGUCGGGGCGCCAGCGCUGCGGCCGCUAGUGAUCAAGCAGGAGCCGCGCGAGGAGGACGAGGCGAAGCAGCUGGCACUGGCCGGCCUCUUCCCCUACCAGCCGCCGCCGCCGCCACCACCGCACCCGCACCCGCCCCCCGCGCCCUUGGCUGCCCCGCACCUGCAGUUCCAGAUCGCGCACUGCGGCCAGACCACCAUGCACCUGCAGCCCGGCCACCCCACGCCGCCGCCCACGCCCGUGCCCAGCCCGCACCCAGCGCCCGCGCUCGGCGCCGCUGGCCUGCCGGGCCCCGGCGGCGCGCUCAAAGGGCUGGCCGCUGCGCACCCCGAUCUCCGCGCUGGCGGCGGCGGCGCGGGCAAAGCCAAGAAGUCGGUGGACAAGAACAGCAACGAGUACCGGGUGCGGCGGGAGCGCAACAACAUCGCGGUGCGCAAGAGCCGGGACAAGGCCAAGCAGCGCAACGUGGAGACGCAGCAGAAGGUGCUGGAGCUGACCAGUGACAAUGACCGCCUGCGCAAGCGGGUGGAACAACUGAGCCGCGAACUCGACACUCUGCGGGGCAUCUUCCGCCAGCUGCCCGAGAGCUCCCUGGUCAAGGCCAUGGGCAACUGCGCGUGAGGCGCGCCGCGGCGGGACCGCCCUGGGCCGACCCCCGGCUGGGACCCAGGGAGUAUUUUCGUGGUCUCGGGAUCUCAAGACUGCCCACGCCGCGCAUGCCAGGACUAGGAGAUUCCGAUGCCGCCUGAAAGCCUGGACUGUCGCGCGUGCCCCUUGCCUUCUUCUGCGCGGGACACGGUGCGUCCAAGAUAAAGGGUCAGGCAGUAGUUUCUUCCUGUAAGAGAGAAGUGCCCGGGGCCAAGCCGGGAGCCUGGCAACUCUAGUAUUAAGGAAUAACCUUGUGCCUUGGAAAUGCAAACUCACUGCUCUGAUUCCUACCAAGUAGGGGGAGCAAAUAUGUGCCUUGUCAUUUUAUUUAGAGGGUUCCCUGCCUUGGUCCCAAGGCUGCAAGGCUGCAGCAGGCCCCCGUGAGAGAGGAGGGGUGCAGGCUUCCGGCUGGAGGAAGGUUCAGGGAGCAGAGAUCCUAUAAGCCAGUCCCAGCUGCUCCUCAGCUCCUUGUCCUUGGAGAGGAGGAAACAGGGAUGUGGGCUUUGUGAACCUAAGGCUAUUCCCCUAGUUCUACAUGAAGGUGGAGGGUCCCUAGUUCCUUGUCUCUAACCUCCCAGCCUACAACGGACUGGGCUUCCAGGGCAGAACUCCCUGAAUGGGAGUCACCAUGUGACCAGUGGGAGACCUCACCCCGAGUCAGACCAGAAGGCGAGGUGUGGAUUAGCUAUAAGGACAUAUGUACAUGGGAGUGGUGGCCUGGUGGAAGAGGGGAGCCUACAGGUCUGGUCUGGGGGUUGGGAGAGGGGUGAAGGGACUCUGGGGCCAUCAACCAAGUCUGUACUGUAUGUUGCCAGCGUUGCCAUACAAACAUGAAGCACAGUCAGCCCGUCCCGGAGGGACCCAAGUUAUGAGAAGAUUUCCAAAUAUUUUGCUUUAUCAGCCGAUAUCAACAUUUGUAUCUGGCCUCUCUGUGUCCCAGUGGUGCCUUGUGCAAUGUGAAUGUGCAUGUCUAUGCUAAACCACCAUUUUCUUUGGUUUUUGUUUUGUUUUGGUUUUGCUCAGAUACUUGCCAAAAUGAGACUCUUCGUCAGCAGCUGCAGGGAGGGUCUGCGGCUCUCUUUCCUUUUGGUUUUGGGAUUGCUUUUGCUCCCGGAGGAACCAAAAAGGCAAGAUGGGCUUCCCCUUUCCCCUCAGCUUUCCCUGGGGGGUGGCUGUGGACCUUGGUCCCCUCUGGCCCCAAGCUGCCCACAGGCUUGUCCCCCACAGAGGCCUGGCUCCGGGUCUGGAAGGGAGGCGGCCUCCAGCCAGCACACACAGAUCGCUGGGCUUGGGAGCAGAGGACAGCUUGGUUCUCUUCUUUGGAGGAGAACGUAGAGUUUCAUGCUAGAUGUUUUAUGUAUUAUAUCUAUAAUAUAAACAUAUCAAAGUAAA